CGAGUAAUAAGUGAUAAUAAAGAAAAAGAUAUGAUUCUAGCUACUAGUCACAAGGGUAUUUCUGAGGAAGGGGCUAUAAAGAUAUGCAUAAAACUGUUAAAGCCAUAUUUUGAAAAUAUAAAUAG